AUGAAAGUUGAAGAUAUAUGUUUGGAUAUCUUCCAGUUUGGAAACAAUAACAACUACAUGAACAUGGCAGAGGCAAAUAAUGCAUUUCUUGCUGCAAAUGAGCAGACAUUCCAUACGCCGAGCCUUGGGGAUGAGGAGUUCGAAAUCCCACCCAUUACCCCCCCACCUGAGUCAGACCCUGCCCUGGGAAUGGCAGAUAUCCUGCUGCCCUUCCAGGGCUUAGGGGACCAGCUGCCUGCUCAAGGAAAUGAAUUUACGCCUCAGUUUCCCCCCCAGAGCCUGGAUCUUCCCUCUAUUACAAUAUCCCGAAAUCUGGUGGAGCAAGACGGCGUCAUCCACAGCAACGGACUGCACAUGGAUCAGAGUCACACCCAAGUUUCCCAGUACCGCCAGGACCACUCUCUGAUUAUGAGAUCCAUUGUCCACAUGACUGAUGCUGCUCACUCGGGAAUUAUGCCUCCCUCUCAGCUAACCACCAUUAACCAGUCGCAGCUAAGUGCGCAGCUGGGGCUGAAUUUAGGAGGCACUAAUUUGCCACACACUUCUCCCUCCCCUCCUGCGAGUAAAUCAGCCACUCCUUCCCCAUCCAGCUCUAUAAAUGAAGAAGACGCAGAUGAAUCAAACAGAGCUACUGGAGAAAAAAGAGCUGCUCCGGAUUCUGGCAAGAAGCCCAAGACUCCAAAGAAGAAGAAAAAGAAAGAUCCCAACGAGCCGCAAAAGCCAGUGUCAGCAUAUGCCCUUUUCUUCAGGGAUACACAAGCUGCAAUUAAAGGGCAGAACCCGAAUGCUACAUUUGGAGAGGUUUCAAAAAUCGUGGCAUCUAUGUGGGACAGUUUAGGAGAAGAGCAAAAACAGGUAUAUAAAAGAAAAACUGAAGCUGCCAAAAAAGAAUACCUAAAGGCACUUGCUGCCUACAGAGCAAGCCUGGUUUCUAAGGCUGCUGCAGAAUCUGCUGAGGCCCAGACAAUUCGUUCCGUUCAGCAAACGUUGGCAUCUACAAAUUUGUCUUCCUCCCUUAUUCUGAAUACUUCUCUUCCUCAACACGCGACAGUAUCGGCAGCUCCUCAAACUCUUCAGCAGCCCCUUCCCAGAGCGAUUGCUCCAAAACCAUUAGCCAUGAGACUGCCGAUGAACCAGAUUGUAGCUUCUGUUACCAUUGCACCAAACAUGCCGACAAACAUUGCAGCUCCAUUGAUGAGCUCCAUGGGGACAAAUCUGGUGGCCACGCCAUCUUCAUCUCAAGUCAGUCCCUCACUGCAAAGCCAGCAGCACCAGAUACAGCAGCUCCAGCAGCACCAGAUGCAGCAGAUGCAACAGCAGCAGCUACAUCAGCAUCAAAUGCAUCAGCAGAUACAACAGCAAAUGCAGCAGCAGCACUUCCAGCACCACAUGCAACAGCAUUUGCAGCAGCAGCAGCAGCAUCUUCAGCAGCAGAUGAAUCAGCAGCAAAUGCAGCAGCAGCUGCAGCACAUGCAGCUGCAGCAGAUGCAGCAGCAGCAGAUGCAGCAGAUGCAGCACCAGUCGCAGCCUUCUCCCCAGCAGCACUCCCCGGGGGCCUCGCAGCUCACCUCUCCCCUCCCUGCCAUGGGGAGCCCUCCGCCAGCACCCCAGCAGCACCAGGCACAGAUACAAUCUCAGACACAGACUCAAGUACUGUCGCAGGUCAGUAUCUUCUGAAGAGAAACGCUGCUGCGCCGGGGCUUUGUGUUGGUGGAGGAGGUAGGGGUAAACCAUAUUUGGCUGGAAACUGUAAAUUGUUGAUGGUAGUUAUGCAGGGAUGCAUAACAGAUCAAAUGAUCCUCUAAAGUGUCUAUUAGAUAGGCAAUAAAGAACUACAAUGUAGCUGUGUAUCAUCUUUUAGCUGACUAUAAAUCAUUUUGUUU